ACAUUUGUCUCAAUCAACAUCAGUGAUGGUACCUAUUUCAAAUGGCCACAUGAGGGCUGGUGAAACAUCUGCCACUACAGUCACUUCAGUACAGCGUUAUAUCUCCCCUUUUUUAGUUUGCACAUACAUGCGUACGUACGCCACAAUACUAAAGCCCAAUUUCAAUUAUCUUCAUUCAGUCGCUCACAUCACUCUUUCAGUUCCUCUCCAUAAUCGUGACGAUUCAAAGUAAUUUGUGAACAAUUUGAGGAACAGCUGUUUGAAGGGGAGUGAUCUCAACGGAGUAGAGAUUGCUGGGUCGAAGGGAGAUUGGGUGGAUCAGUGUUGAUGAGUGUACUACAUAACUUGAACACUCCAAAUGACGGGAUGAACGCGAGGAGCUGAGCGGUGAGCGGCGCACAUACUGUACAUUCUCUAAUUCCGCUCUUCAUUCAGAGUAUGGCAUGACCUUCGGAAAGCGGGGCGGUGACUCGUCAUCCGGGUCAAGAUGGGGAUUCCCCGGAGGUGAACAGAUAAACAGUAUAGAACAACACAUGAUCCUUAAAUAAUAUGUAGUGAACUACAAAGUAGGAUCAUGGAGUUGCUUAAAGUGGAGCGUAAGAAAUGGUGGGAGAGAGAGCGAGAGAAUGUGACGAUGGAUGAUAGAUAGAUAUAGGGAGCAAAGGGAGAGAAAGUAACAGAUGGGUUUGUGAGGAUUAAGUGAAAUCUGGGUGGGUUUGUGAUAGAAACUCACCCAAGAAAGGCAGAAGCGUGAGGAAGAGAGGGAGAGAAAAGGUAAAGAAAUUUAAUCUGUUAGAGGACAGAGUGUAGAGGGUCGAUGUCUCUGAAGGCCUUAUAUGGUAUGUUUUUUUGCUUCUUUAAUUUCAGUUUCCUUUUUUUUGCUUCAUUCACAAACAUCGGUUCAGUAACUUUCAUGCAUGUAUUGUACAACCGUAUGGGGGGACAAGGACUCUAUGGAAAGCCCGGCGAUAUGCAGCACAGAGAAAAUACAACUGGACACAACUGUAUACCAGCGAACACAUGACAAAUCCAUGUCAUAUACUGGAAAUAUGGGAUGUAGCAUAUGGACGUAAAAUCUGGAUCAGCAUGUAAAGGGUGGAGGAAUAUCGACAGGACUAAUUGAAGAAGGUGACAGGCUAGCCCUCAUCCAAUCCAUCUGGCUCGGCGAAUAAAUUCCUCCACUCUAUUGCUUCUUCUUCUACUUCUUCCAUCCCAUAAUUUUCUCACAGUUUCCUAAUCCCACUCUGCCAUACCAUCCCUUUGUCAAUCCCCCUUUCUCUAUAUCGCUCCAUUCCAUUUCCCUCAUUCUGCCUUGUCAUUGAGUCCCCCCACAGUUCCCCCCCCUAAUCGUUGUCACUGCCCUCACUCUAGCUGAUCUCUCAUCUGUCAUCCCUGUACCGGUCCUCUAACCAGCCCCAUCACUCUGUUUCACCAUCAUUCGUCUCAAGCUCCUCUUGAGACACCCCGUCUCUCCCCCGACCUCUCUCCCACCUCUGUCUCUCCAUCGGAGGGCCACUAUUUCUCUUAGCAGUGGCCCUCGCCCCACACCCAUAAGCCACCAUGCUGGAGAACAUGUCACGAUGCAACCGCUCCCUGCUCUCCCUGUCCCUGACCUCACUGGCCCUGGCACUGUCCAUCCUGGCCUUCUGCACCUCGUACUGGUGCGAGGGGACCCACAAGGUUGCCAAGCCCCUCUGCCUCUCCCCGGUCAAGUUGAAGAACUGCGGCCAGAACAACAGCCAGCCCUACACCACAGAGAGUCCCACUCUGGACCCUAAGAAGCCGUCAAACAACAUCACCUUGUCGCCACUGGAAAAGGAAGAGCAGGCGAGGCUUGAGAAAAAGGCCCUCGCCAACGCAGUGCACUACAUCUGGGAGACGGGCGAGGACAAGUACAUGCUGCGCUACUUCCACACAGGUUUCUGGUUGUCCUGCGAGGCACACAACGAGGAGGAGAAAUGCCGGAGCUUCAUUGAAUUGACUCCAGGAGAGACACAAGGGGUGCUGUGGCUGUCAGUAGUAUCAGAGUUUGCGUACAUAGGCCUGUUGGCCAUGGGCUUUCUCCUCAUGUGGGUGGAGGUGCUGUGUCUCUGUGCCCAUAAGGAGAUGUACGCUCUCAAGAUCAACGCCUUUGCCGCUAUAUGCACUGUCCUUUCAGGUCUGAUGGGGAUGGUGGCUCAUAUGAUGUACACCACAGUGUUCCAGAUGACUGUGAGCAUUGGGCCAAAAGAUUGGAGACCACAGACCUGGGACUACGGCUGGUCAUUUGUUCUGGCCUGGAUCUCCUUCAGCUGCUGCAUGGCGGCGGCUGUCUUCACCCUCAACUCCUACACCAAGACGCUGAUAGAGAUGAAGCACCGAGCCCGCGUUCGUCUAGAGGAGGCCCGGGCGGCCAUCCAGGCGCCCUCCUACGACGAGGUGUUGCAGGCGGCCGGGGCCGUCUGCUCAGUCAGCGGCCUGCUCCAGCACUGCAAGCAGGGGGCGUUGAUCGACCCCGGUCCGGGGGUUCCAGAUCACAGAGGGCUGGUGAUGAUGGCUGGUGGCUGUGGGACAAAGGGGUGUGAGGACUGCGAGAGAGAGAUGGACGAGAUUGAGGACGCCCUGGAUAGGGAGGAGAGGGAGGAGAUGGAGGGAGAGGACUGUGAGAGGUGCUGAGGGAAGGGAGGAGGAGAGGUUAAAAAGAGGUUCUAGCCACCUGAAACUUAUUUUUGUCUUUUUAUUUUUUACAUGUUUUGGAUUGAGCUGUGAAAUGGACCGUGCUUGAUUUCAGUACCUCAACCCAUAAAUGACAUCUGAGUAGAUAAAGCUCUGUAAAACCACACACAGAGAUUGACAUGUAUUGUCUGGGUCGAGAUCAAUAGAGACAAUCGCUAAGAAAUGCCUGGCAUUGGCCACAUUUAACAUAUAUAUUAUAUAUAAUUUUUAUUGUGUUGAUGGUAACCCUGUUAUUACUAUCCUGAUAUUGAUAGUAACUGUGGUGACAUUGUGAAUAAAAGUGUUUUAAAAAAGUGAAA